CGCUUCGCCACGACUUUUACAGACUCAAGCAGUUGGAAGCCAUCGGCAUCACUGCGCGACGGAUCGACACGACAGGAGCUUCUAUAUCGACGUGUCGCCGCGCGUACUUUCAUUUGAUCACUACGGAUCUAUCUAGCUGAGGACGCGACACCUCAGACACCGCGGUCGGGGAAGCAGCACCAGCUGCCGUGAUUAGAUCACCACCCCCAUCGCUGCGACCAUCCACCUCUUCGCCAACAGACAUAUACCACCAUCAACAUGUCUGCACCACCACCACCACCUCCUCCAGGCUGGGAUGUUCCUCCCCCACCACCACCUGGAGCAGCUCCUCCCGGCGCCCUCGCCCCUCCUCCGCCCGGCUACAAACCUCAAGCCGACCCUCACAUCGCCAAGUUUGCUGACAAGAAGCAAAAAUGGUUGCGCAUGCAGAGACAGCGCUUUGGAGAAAAGAGACGUGGAGGCUUUGUCGAGACACAGAAGGCUGAUAUGCCGCCCGAGCACUUGCGAAAGAUUGUAAAAGAUAUUGGUGAUGUUUCACAGAAGAAGUUCAGCUCGGACAAGAGAAGUUAUCUGGGUGCUCUGAAGUUCAUGCCGCAUGCUGUCCUGAAGCUUCUGGAGAACAUGCCCAUGCCUUGGGAGAGUGUGCGCGAAGUCAAGGUCUUGUACCACGUCAACGGUUGCUUGACAUUGGUCAACGAGAUCCCCCGUGUCAUCGAGCCAGUCUUCCAUGCGCAAUGGGCUUCUAUGUGGGUCGCCAUGAGGAGAGAGAAGAGUGACAGAAGACACUUCAAGCGUAUGCGCUUCCCUCCCUUCGAUGACGAGGAGCCACCGCUUUCCUGGUCCGAGAACAUUGAGGAUGUUGAGCCGCUCGAGCCUAUUCAGCUGGAACUGGACGAGGACGAUGAUGCCGCCAUCUAUGAAUGGUUCUACGACCCCCGCCCUCUCUUGGACACCACACACGUGAACGGACCUGGAUACAAGAAGUGGAACUUGUCGCUACCGCAGAUGGCUGCUCUUCACCGUAUGAGCACUCCUCUGCUCAGCGAUCUGGUCGACAAGAAUUACUUCCACCUCUUCGACCUGCCUAGUUUCCAGACAGCAAAGGCUCUUAACGUUGCCAUCCCCGGUGGUCCCCGUUUCGAGCCUCUGUACAAGGAUAUCGACCCGAACGACGAGGACUUUGGCGAGUUCAACGCCAUUGACCGCAUCAUUUUCCGUGCUCCCAUCAAGACAGAGUACCGUGUCGACUUCCCCUUCCUUUACAACUCUCUUCCUCGCAGCGUAAAGCUCAGCACAUACUCACAUCCCCAGACUGUCUACCAAAGGACGACGGACCCCAGUCUUCCUGCUUUCUACUUCGAUCCCGUUAUCAAUCCUAUUUCUUCUCGCGCCGUCGCCCCCAAGAACUUGACUGUCAGCCAUGAGGACGACAUCCUUGGUGUUGGUAACAACGAGGAUGACGAGUUUGAGAUGCCUGGUGAGAUCGAGCCUUUCAUGUCUGAUGAGGACCUCUACAACGAUGAAACCGCUGCUGCUAUUCAGCUUUGGUGGGCUCCUUACCCCUUCGACCGCCGCUCAGGCAAGAUGGUCCGCGCUGAAGACGUGCCUCUCGUCAAGCAAUGGUACCUCGAGCAUGUUCCUGGCGGCCAGCCCGUUAAGGUCCGAGUCUCCUACCAGAAGUUGUUGAAGAGUUACGUUCUGAACGAGCUGCACAAGAAGCCGCCAAAGGCCCAGAACAGGCAAAACUUGAUGAGCACUCUUAAGCAGACAAAGUUCUUCCAGCAGACCACCAUUGAUUGGGUUGAGGCAGGUCUUCAGGUCUGCAGACAGGGCUUCAACAUGCUCAACCUGUUGAUUCACCGCAAGAACUUGACCUACCUCCAUCUUGAUUACAACUUCAACUUGAAGCCCAUCAAGACCUUGACCACCAAGGAGCGCAAGAAGUCGCGCUUCGGUAACGCUUUCCACUUGAUGCGUGAAAUUCUUCGUCUUACCAAGCUCAUCGUUGAUGCUCAAGUACAGUACAGAUUGGGCAACAUUGAUGCCUUCCAGCUUGCAGACGGUAUCCUGUAUGCUUUCAACCACGUUGGUCAACUCACUGGUAUGUACCGUUACAAGUACAAGCUUAUGCACCAGAUCCGUACUUGCAAGGAUUUGAAGCAUUUGAUCUAUUACAGAUUCAACUCCGGCCCUGUUGGUAAGGGUCCUGGUUGUGGUUUCUGGGCACCUGCCUGGAGAGUCUGGCUCUUCUUCAUGAGAGGUAUCAUCCCUCUUCUUGAGCGUUGGUUGGGUAACCUUCUCUCGAGACAGUUCGAGGGUCGUCACAGUAAGGGUGUCGCAAAGACCGUCACCAAGCAGAGAGUUGAAUCUCAUUUCGAUCUCGAACUUCGUGCCUCGGUCAUGGCUGACCUCAUGGAUAUGAUGCCAGAGGGAAUCAAGCAGAACAAGGUCAACCUUGUACUUUCACAUUUGUCAGAAGCCUGGAGAUGCUGGAAAUCGAACAUCCCCUGGAAGGUCCCUGGUCUUCCUGCACCCAUCGAAAACAUCAUCUUGCGUUACGUCAAGAGCAAGGCUGAUUGGUGGAUCUCUGUCGCUCACUACAACCGUGAGCGUAUUCGAAGAGGUGCUACCGUCGACAAGACUGUUGCCAAGAAGAACCUGGGUCGUCUGACUCGUCUCUGGCUGAAGGCUGAGCAGGAACGCCAGCACAACUACAUGAAGGAUGGUCCUUACGUCUCUUCUGAAGAGGCCGUUGCCAUUUACACGACCACUGUUCACUGGUUGGAAUCGAGAAAAUUCCAGCCUAUUCCUUUCCCCAGUGUCUCGUACAAGCACGACACCAAGAUCCUGAUUUUGGCCCUCGAGCGUCUGCGUGAAGCAUACUCAGUCAAGGGUCGUCUCAACCAGAGUCAACGUGAAGAGCUGGCUCUGAUUGAACAAGCCUAUGAUUCACCCGGAACCACCCUUGCACGCAUCAAGCGUUUCUUGCUCACCCAACGUGCCUUCAAGGAGGUUGGUAUUGAUAUGAACGACAACUACUCGACAAUCAACCCUGUCUACGACAUUGAGCCCAUCGAGAAGAUCACCGAUGCAUACCUUGACCAGUACCUGUGGUACCAAGCCGACCAGAGACAUCUCUUCCCCGCUUGGAUCAAGCCUUCAGAUUCAGAAGUCCCCCCUCUUCUCACCUACAAGUGGGCCCAAGGUAUCAACAACUUGGACAAGGUCUGGGAGACUGCCGACGGAGAGUGCAACGUCAUGAUCGAGACUCAGCUGUCCAAGGUCUAUGAGAAGAUCGAUCUGACCCUGCUUAAUCGUCUUUUGCGUCUGAUCAUGGACCACAACUUGGCAGAUUACAUCUCGUCCAAGAACAACGUCCAGCUCAACUACAAGGACAUGAACCAUACCAACAGCUAUGGUAUGAUUCGUGGACUGCAGUUCUCGGCCUUCGUCUUCCAAUAUUACGGUCUGGUCAUAGAUUUGUUAUUGCUCGGUCUUCAGCGCGCCAGUGAGAUUGCGGGUCCCCCGAAUGCACCAAAUGACUUCUUACAAUUCAGAGACCGUGCUGCUGAGACUAGACACCCUAUUCGUCUUUACACAAGAUACGUCGACAGAAUUUGGGUCUUCUUCCGUUUCACUGCAGAUGAGUCCCGCGACCUGAUCCAACGCUUCUUGACAGAACAGCCUGACCCAAACUUCGAGAACGUUAUUGGAUACAAGAACAAGAAGUGCUGGCCUCGUGAUUCUCGUAUGAGAUUGAUGCGCCACGAUGUCAACCUUGGUAGAGCUGUCUUCUGGGACAUGAAGAACCGUCUGCCUAGGUCAGUGACCACUAUUGAAUGGGACGACACUUUUGCCUCCGUCUACAGCAGAGACAACCCUAACCUCCUCUUCUCCAUGUGUGGUUUCGAAGUCCGCAUUCUUCCCAAGAUGCGCAACCAGAACGAGGAGUUCCCCACCAAAGACAGUGUCUGGUCUCUUGUCGAUAACUCGACCAAGGAGAGAACGGCACAUGCUUUCUUGCAAGUCACCGAGGAGGACAUCGCCAAGUUCAACAACAGAAUCCGCCAAAUCUUGAUGUCUUCUGGAUCUACCACCUUCACAAAGAUUGCCAACAAGUGGAACACCGCUUUGAUUGCGCUUUUCACAUACUACCGUGAAGCCGCCGUCAGCACUGUUAACCUGCUCGAUACCAUUGUCAAGUGCGAAACCAAGAUUCAGACCCGCGUCAAGAUUGGUUUGAACUCCAAGAUGCCUAGUCGUUUCCCACCUGCUGUGUUCUACACCCCCAAAGAACUUGGUGGUUUGGGUAUGAUCUCUGGUAGUCACAUCUUGAUUCCUGCAAGUGACAAGCGUUGGUCAAAGCAGACAGAUACUGGUGUCACUCACUACCGUGCUGGUAUGUCUCAUGACGAAGAGACUCUCAUUCCCAACAUUUUCAGAUACAUCAUCCCUUGGGAGGCUGAGUUUGUCGAUUCUCAGCGUGUCUGGACUGAGUAUUCGCAGAAGCGUCUUGAAGCUCAGCAACAGAACCGUCGUCUUACCCUUGAGGAUCUUGAGGACAGUUGGGACCGUGGUCUUCCACGUAUUAAUACCCUCUUCCAGAAGGACAGAAGCACGCUCAGCUUCGACAAGGGUUUCAGAGCUCGCACCGAGUUCAAGAUUUACCAACAGAUGAAGAGCAAUCCCUUCUGGUGGACAUCCCAGCGUCACGACGGUAAGCUGUGGAAUCUGAAUGCAUACAGAACCGAUGUCAUUCAGGCUCUUGGUGGUGUUGAGACAAUCCUUGAGCACACUUUGUUCAAGGCAACCGCUUUCCCCUCAUGGGAAGGUCUUUUCUGGGAACGUGCCAGUGGUUUUGAAGAGAGUAUGAAGUUCAAGAAGUUGACAAACGCUCAACGAUCCGGUCUGAACCAGAUUCCUAACCGUCGUUUCACCUUGUGGUGGUCCCCAACAAUCAACCGUGCCAACGUCUAUGUUGGUUUCCAGGUCCAACUUGAUUUGACUGGUAUUUUCUUGCACGGCAAGAUUCCUACCCUCAAGAUCUCACUCAUCCAGAUCUUCCGUGCCCAUUUGUGGCAGAAGAUCCACGAGUCCGUAGUGAUGGAUUUGUGUCAGGUCUUCGACCAGGAGCUUGAAGCCCUUGGCAUCGAGACCGUCCAGAAAGAGACCAUCCAUCCCAGAAAGAGUUACAAGAUGAACUCGUCUUGUGCUGAUAUUCUUUUGUUCGCCAGUCACAAGUGGAGUGUUAGCACUCCCAGCUUGUUGUAUGACACCAAGGACAACAUGGGUCAAAUCACUACCAACAAGUUCUGGGUCGAUGUUCAGCUUCGUUACGGUGAUUACGACUCUCACGACAUUGAGCGCUACGUUCGCGCCAAGUACCUCGACUACACUUCCGACAGCAUGAGUAUUUACCCCUCUGCCACUGGUUUGAUGAUUGGUAUUGAUCUUGCUUACAACCUGUACUCGGCAUACGGCCAGUACUUCCCUGGUCUCAAGCAGCUUGUUCAGCAGGCCAUGGCUAAGGUCAUGAAGGCUAACCCUGCUCUCUACGUCCUUCGUGAACGUAUUCGCAAGGGUCUUCAGCUUUACGCCUCGGAGAGCAACCAAGAGUUCCUCAAUUCCCAGAACUACUCUGAGCUAUUCAGCAACCAGAUCCAGCUCUUCAUUGAUGACACUAACGUCUACCGUGUCACCAUUCACAAGACCUUUGAAGGUAACUUGACCACUAAGCCCAUCAACGGUGCCAUCUUCAUUUUCAACCCCAGAACUGGUCAAUUAUUCUUGAAGAUCAUCCACACCAGUGUAUGGGCAGGUCAGAAGCGUCUUGGCCAAUUGGCGAAAUGGAAGACGGCAGAAGAAGUCGCUGCUCUGAUUCGUUCAUUGCCUGUGGAAGAACAGCCGAAGCAGCUGAUCGUUACCAGAAAGGGUCUGCUUGACCCUCUCGAGGUUCACUUGCUCGACUUCCCCAACAUCUCCAUUCGUGCCUCGGAACUGCAAUUGCCCUUCCAGGCCGCCAUGAAGGUUGAGAAGCUUGGAGACAUGAUUCUGCGUGCCACUGAGCCGCAGAUGGUGCUCUUCAACCUGUACGACGAGUGGCUCAAGUCCAUCUCUUCUUACACUGCCUUCUCUCGUCUCAUCUUAAUCUUGCGUGCUCUGCACGUUAACCAAGACAAGACCAAGCUCUUGCUUCGUCCCGACAAGACUGUCAUCACCCAGGAACAUCACAUUUGGCCGACGUUGUCAGACGAUGACUGGAUCAAGGUCGAAACGCAAUUACGCGAUUUGAUCUUGAAUGACUAUGGCAAGAAGAACAACGUCAACGUCUCAUCUCUGACUCAAAGCGAAGUCAGAGACAUCAUUCUGGGUAUGGAGAUUAGUGCACCCAGUAUGCAGAGACAACAGGCUGCCGAGAUUGAGAAGCAGCAAGAGGAGCAGGCUCAGCUCACUGCUGUCACAACCAAGACGCAGAACGUAAACGGCGAGGACAUUGUCGUUACCACUACGUCGCAGUUCGAGCAGCAGACCUUCGCCUCCAAGACCGAGUGGAGGACUCGUGCGAUUGCCACGUCCAACCUCCGCACUCGCGCCAAUAACAUCUACAUCUCGUCAGAGGACAUUCGCGAUGAUGAGGAGCACUUCACAUACAUCAUGCCCAAGAACAUCCUCAAGCGUUUCAUCACAAUUGCCGACCUUCGUGUCCAGGUUGCUGGUUACCUUUACGGUUCAUCGCCACCAGACAACAAGCAGAUCAAGGAAGUCAAGGCCAUCGUUAUGGUGCCUCAGGUUGGAAACACUCGUGACAUCCAGCUUCCUCGCAACUUGCCUGAGAACGAUUACUUGAACUCUCUUGAGCCUCUUGGAUGGAUUCAUACCAGUGCCGGUAACGAGACCAGCUACAUGACCGCACAAGACGUCACCCAGCACGCCCGCCUAAUGAACCAGCACGAUACCUGGGAUAAGAAGACUGUCACCAUGACUGUCUCCUUCACCCCCGGUUCAGUCUCGCUGUCCGCCUGGUCUCUGACACCUUCAGGCUAUACCUGGGGUGCCGAGAACAAGGACAUGUCAUCUGACCAACCCUCAGGCUUCAACCCUGGCGCCGGCUUCGGUGAGAAGUCUCAGCUUCUUCUUUCCGACCGUAUUAGAGGAAUGUUCUUCGUUCCUGAUGAUGAGAGAUGGAACUGGUCGUUCAUGGGUUCUGGAUUCGGUGACAAGGAGAAGGGUCGCAUCUACGUUGAUGUCGGUGUACCCAAGCGCUUCUACGAUGACGUACACAGACCUGUCCAUUUCCAGAACUUUGCUGAACUGGAAGAUGUCUGGGUCGACAGAUCUGACAACUUAGCUUAGAGAGAUGAAAGAAGGAGGGAGAUGAGUUAUGGAUUUCGGGUGUUUUUUUUCGGGUCAUAGGGAUCACAAUCAGCAUGGCGUUUCUUUUAAAUGAUUUUCCAUCACGAAGAAAAUUGUAUUCUAGAGUAUGAGAACAAGGAAGGGAAAGAUGUUUAUAGUUGAGUAAACACAAGCAUCAAAGCAUUAUUUGUACAAUCG